AUGCCCCCGGUCGACGUCAAAGUGGCAGCCCACGAUUUCCUCGACUUCGUCAAUGCGUCACCUACCCCGUUCCACGCCGUCAAAUCUGUCAAGGAGCGAUUGAGUAAGGUGGGCUUCCAAGAGAUCAAGGAGAAAGAAUCAUGGUCCUCGACCUGCCUCCCAGGGGGUAAAUACUUCCUCACCCGGAACGGGUCGACCAUUGUGGCCUUUGCAAUUGGCAACAAAUGGAAGCCUGGAAACCCGAUAUCCAUGGUCGGCGCACACACAGACUCGCCCUGUCUACGCAUCAAACCUGUGAGCAAGAAACAAGGAGACGGAUUCCUCCAAGUGGGCGUGGAAACGUACGGCGGUGGCCUGUGGCACACUUGGUUUGACCGCGAUUUGGGGAUCGCAGGCCGAGCAAUGGUCAGAGGAGCAGAUGGCAAUGUCGUCCAGAAGCUGGUUCACAUCACCAAACCAAUUCUGCGCGUUCCAACCCUCGCCGUCCACCUCGACCGACAAGAGACAUUCUCCUUCAACAAGGAGACUCAACUAUUCCCAAUCGCCGGUUUAGUCGCCGCCGAACUCAACCGCCAGGGCAAGAAGAAGGAUCCCACCUCAAGCGAGGAAGAAGAGCAGGCCAGACCCUUCACACCGCUCAAAGCCAUGACAACGAGACAUCACCCGCACAUUGUUGAACUGAUAGCCAAGGAUGCGGGAGUCUCCCCCGAAGACGUGGUCGACUUCGAGAUGGUCCUCUACGACACGCAAAAGGCAUGCCUGGGAGGUUUGACGGACGAAUUCAUCUUCUCGGCCCGCUUGGACAAUCUCAACCAAACUUACUGCGCGACCAUGGGUUUGAUCCACUCGCUCAGGUCGUCUUCGGCACUGGACGACGAAUCCUCCAUCCGCCUAAUUGCAUGUUUCGACCACGAGGAGAUUGGCAGCAUGACGGCACAGGGUGCGUUCUCCGCGAUGCUGCCGGCGGUCGUUCGACGACUCUCAGUCCUGCCCUCCUCGUCCUUCGUCGAGGAGACAUCAGAGGAAUCGUACGACCAUGCCAGCGACCCAGAACUAUCAACGGCAUACGAACAAACAUUAUCCGGUUCCUUCCUUCUCUCGGCCGACAUGGCACACUCAGUCAAUCCCAACUAUGGCGGCAAAUACGAAUCCGAUCACCGCCCAGAGAUGAACCAGGGGCCGGUAAUCAAAAUCAACGCCAACGCGAAGUACGCCACGAACUCGCCGGGUAUUGUGUUGCUUCAGGAAGUUGCUCGCAAGGCCGCCAAAGUCAUUGACAGCGACCCGGACGGUGUGCCAUUGCAGUUGUUUGUCGUGCGCAACGACUCAAGCUGCGGCACCACCAUUGGACCAAUGCUGUCGGCUCACCUAGGCGCCCGUACCCUUGAUCUCGGCAACCCACAGCUGUCGAUGCACAGCUGCCGUGAAACUGGCGGCGCCGAUGAUGUCCACCAUGCCAUCAGACUGUUCAGCAGCUUUUUCCAGCAUUAUUCGGCUUUAGAGAAGACGAUCUUGGUGGAUUGA